CCCGCCCGGGCCGCAGCGGGAGCCGCCGGGGCGCUGGCCGGGCAGGGACGCGCUCGUAUCCCGCGACAGCGCUCGGCUUCCUCCCCCCGAGGAGGAGGAGGAGGGAGCGGUGGGAGGAGGAGGAGGAAGGCCCGGGGCCUGACAAAACGCUUUGGCUCUUCCAGGGAAGAGAGAGGGAAGGCGGGCAGCCCAGGAGAGACGGAGCCGAGGAGGGUAUGUCGGGGCUGCUGUGCCGCCCGCUCGCUGCCCACCAUGGUGAAGCUGGACAUCCACACGCUGGCCCAUCACCUGAAGCAGGAGCGGCUGUACGUGACCUCGGAGAAGCAGCUGAUCCAGCGGCUCAACGCGGACGUGCUGAAGACGGCGGAGCGGCUCUACCGCACGGCCUGGAUCUCCAAACAGCAGCGCAUCAACCUCGACAGGCUCAUCAUAACCAGUGCUGAAGCUUCUCCUGCUGAAUGUUGCCAGCACGCAAAAAUCUUGGAGGACACACAGUUUGUGGAUGGAUACAAGCAGUUGGGAUUUCAGGAGACUGCUUAUGGAGAAUUCCUAAACAGACUGAGAGAGAACCCCAGGCUUAUUGCAUCCUGCCUGGUUGCUGGAGAGAAGCUCAACCAGGACAACACCCAGAGUGUCAUUCACACAGUCUUUACCUCCAUUUAUGGCAACUGCAUCAUGCAGGAGGAUGAGAGUUACCUCCUGCAGGUCCUCCGUUACCUGAUCGAGUUUGAGCUCAAGGAAAGCGACAACCCCAGGCGGCUGCUGAGACGAGGCACCUGUGCCUUCAGCAUCUUGUUCAAGCUUUUCUCUGAAGGACUCUUUUCUGCAAAACUUUUUCUUACUGCAACCUUACAUGAGCCAAUCAUGCAGCUUCUGGUUGAAGAUGAAGACCACCUGGAAACCGAUGCAAACAAGUUAAUUGAGAGAUUCUCCCCAGUACAGCAGGAAAAGUUAUUUGGAGAGAAAGGCACAGAAAAGUUCAAGCAGAGAGUCCAGGAGAUGGUUGACUCCAACGAGGCCAAGCUGGUGACCUUGGUUAACAAAUUCAUUGGCUAUCUCAAACAAAACACUUACUGUUUUCCUCACAGCUUGAGGUGGAUUGUAUCACAGAUGUACAAAACGCUGUCGUGUGUGGACAGGCUGGAGGUUGGGGAGGUCAGAGCCAUGUGCACAGAUCUCCUUCUGGCCUGUUUCAUCUGCCCUGCCAUCGUCAACCCGGAGCAGUACGGGAUCAUUUCUGAUGCUCCUAUAAAUGAGGUGGCAAGAUUUAAUCUGAUGCAGGUUGGGAGACUUCUGCAGCAGCUGGCAAUGACAGGCUCUGAGGAGGGAGAUCCACGUACGAAGAGCAACCUCGCUAAGUUCGACAAAAGCUGUGUUGCUGCUUUCCUGGACGUGGUGAUCGACGGGCGCGCAGUCGAGACUCCCCCGAUGUCGGCCGUGAACCUGCUGGAGGGGCUGAGCCGCACCGUGGUGUACAUGACCUACAGCCAGCUCACUGCCCUGGUUGGCUUCAUGCGGAACGUCAUGUCAAGCGAUCAGCUUAAGGAAGAUCGGAUGGCUUUGGAAAACUUGCUGGCAAAUUUACCCCAGAACAAGCCAGGGAAAAGCAGCAGCCUUGAAAUGACUCCGUAUAACACCCCCCAGCUUUCUCCUGCAACUACUCCAGCUAACAAAAAAAAUCGGCUGCCCAUAGGACAGCAGUUGGCAGCGAUCACUGCCUGGGAUACCUCUGCUACCAAUCUCUCAGCUCACAUAACUCUAGUAACCCCUUUUGCCACUCGAAGCAGAAGUAGAUCAGACAUGCUAAUGGACCAGCAUGGAGACCAUGAAGGAUCCUCCCAGGAGACUAUUCCAGAAGUUCAGCCAGAAGAAGUGCUGGUGAUUUCUUUGGGGACAGGUCCACAGAUUACUCCAGGAAUGAUGUCGGAAAAUGAGGUGUUAAAUAUGCAGCUUGCAGAUGGCGGGCAGGGAGAUGUCCCCAUCGACGAGAACAAACUCCAUGGUAAACCUGAUAAAACCUUGCGCUUUUCCCUCUGCAGUGAUAAUCUGGAAGGAAUAUCUGAAGGCCCUUCCAAUCGCUCCAACUCUGUGUCAUCUCUGGAUCUGGAAGGGGAGUCGGUGUCGGAGCUCGGCGCGGGCCCCUCCGGGAGCAACGGCGUUGAGGCUCUGCAGCUGCUGGAGCACGAGCAAGCCACCACUCAGGAUAAUCUGGAUGACAAGCUCCGUAAGUUUGAAAUCCGUGACAUGAUGGGUUUGACUGAUGACAGAGAUAUAUCAGAAACUGUGAGCGAAACCUGGAGUACAGAUGUCUUGGGAAGCGACUUCGACCCCAACAUCGACGAGGACCGGCUGCAGGAAAUCGCAGGUGCAGCUGCAGAGAACAUGCUAGGCAGCUUGCUGUGUUUGCCAGGUUCAGGAUCCGUGUUGCUUGAUCCCUGCACAGGUUCAACCAUAUCAGAAACCACAAGUGAGGCGUGGAGUGUGGAAGUAUUACCAAGUGAUUCAGAGGCUCCAGACUUAAAACAGGAGGAAAGACUCCAAGAACUGGAGAGCUGCUCUGGGCUGGGUAGCACGUCUGAUGACACAGAUGUGAGGGAGGUCAGCUCUCGGCCCAGCACUCCCGGCCUGAGUGUUGUAUCAGGUAUUAGUGCAACAUCUGAAGAUAUUCCUAACAAGAUUGAGGAUCUCAGGUCUGAAUGUAGCUCUGACUUUGGGGGAAAAGAUUCUGUAACAAGUCCCGACAUGGAUGAAACAGCCCAUGGAGCCAGUCAGCUGACAUCUCCCCCUUCUCAGACAGAUUCUUUGCUUGCAUUGUUUGACCCUCUGUCCUCAAAUGAGGGUGUGUCAGCUGUAGUAAGGCCUAAAGUGCACUAUGCAAGACCCUCUCAUCCACCUCCAGAUCCACCCAUCUUGGAAGGAGCCGUGGGAGGUAACGAGGCCCGACUGCCAAACUUUGGGUCUCAUGCUUUAAUUCCAACUGACCUGGAAGCCUUCAAGCAGAGACAUUCGUACCCGGAGAGGCUGGUCCGCAGCAGGAGUUCAGACAUCGUGUCCUCAGUGCGGAGGCCUAUGAGUGAUCCUGGGUGGAACAGACGUCCUGGGAAUGAGGAGAGGGAGCUGCCCAUGGCCUCCAGCAGUGCCGGGGCAGCGGUGCUGGCGGCCGCCUCUCAGUCCUCAUCAUCAUCUCCCAGCAAGGACUCCUCCAGGGGAGAGAUUGAGGAACGGAAAGACAGUGAUGAUGAGAAGUCUGACAGGAACAAGCCCUGGUGGAGAAAACGUUUUGUGUCUGCCAUGCCCAAAGCUCCAAUUCCAUUUAGGAAGAAAGAAAAACAAGAAAAAGACAAAGAUGACAUGGUGCCUGACAGAUACGCAACACUUCAAGAUGAUCCCAGCCCAAGGCUCAGUGCACAGGCACAAGCUGCUGAGGACAUUCUGGACAAAUACAGGAAUGCAAUCAAGAGAACAAGUCCUAGUGAAGGAGCCAUAGUGAACUACGACAGUGCAGAGGCAAUUGGGGAUGGUGAGAGCAUGCAUGACUCCCCACGGGAUGAGGCUUUGCAGAACAUGUCUGCAGAUGACCUCCCAGACUCUGCAAGUCAAGUAGCACAGCCACAAAGUUCUGCUUUCUCCUAUAGGGAUGCAAAGAAGAAAUUGAGAUUGGCUCUUUGUUCAGCAGAUUCUGUUGCCCUCCCGAUGCUGACACAUUCAACAAGGAAUGGUCUCCCAGACCACACAGACCCCGAAGAUAAUGAAAUUGUGUGCUUCUUGAAAGUUCAGCUGGCUGAAGCCAUCAACCUGCAGGACAAGAACCUGAUGGCGCAGCUGCAGGAGACGAUGCGCUGCGUGAGCCGCUUCGACAACCGGACCUGCCGGAAGCUGCUGGCGUCCAUUGCAGAGGACUACAGGAAAAGAGCUCCAUAUAUCGCGUAUUUAACUCGCUGUCGCCAAGGUCUGCAGACGACACAGGCGCACCUGGAGAGGCUGUUACAGAGAGUCCUGCGAGAUAAAGAAGUGGCCAACAGAUACUUCACUACAGUGUGUGUGAGGUUACUGCUGGAGAGCAAGGAAAAGAAAAUAAGGGAGUUCAUUCAAGAUUUCCAGAAACUCACAGCAGCAGACGAUAAAACAGCCCAAGUAGAGGACUUUCUCCAGUUCCUGUACGGGGCUAUGGCUCAGGAUGCCAUAUGGCAGAACGCCAGCGAGGAGCAGCUCCAGGAUGCACAAUUAGCCAUAGAGCGCAGUGUGAUGAAUCGCAUUUUCAAACUCGCCUUCUACCCUAAUCAGGAUGGAGAUAUUUUGCGUGACCAGGUCCUUCACGAGCACAUACAGAGGUUAUCCAAAGUAGUGACUGCAAACCACAAGGCACUUCAGAUACCUGAGGUGUAUCUCCGGGAGGCACCAUGGCCAUCGGCGCAGUCCGAGAUCCGCACAAUAAGCGCCUACAAAACCCCCCGGGACAAGGUGCAGUGUAUCCUGAGGAUGUGCUCCACCAUCAUGAACCUGCUCAGUCUGGCCAACGAGGAUUCGGUACCUGGGGCAGAUGAUUUUGUUCCUGUUCUGGUCUUUGUCCUCAUAAAGGCAAACCCCCCUUGCCUGCUGUCCACUGUGCAGUACAUCAGCAGUUUCUAUGCCAACUGCUUGUCCGGAGAGGAGUCGUACUGGUGGAUGCAGUUCACGGCAGCCGUGGAAUUCAUCAAAACUAUCGAUGACCGCAAGUAGCUUGCACAGCACAGGCACGGGCAGACUGUGAGCAGGAGAGGAGCUUCUAAGAAUGUACAACAGCUGCAAAGCUGAAGAAAAGACUUUCCUUGUAAAAUACUGUACAGAAUUGAGGCAUUUUAAAACACACCUUUACUAAUCUAAUUAAUUUAACAGGUUUUCCUCUUCUCUUUGGGUUGCGUUUUUCUCCCCUCUAGAUACUGGCACUGCAAAAGGGACCACAGUUUUCAGGUAUUUUGGAAUCUCAAAACAUUCAGAAAAUUCUUCAUGCUUUCUCCACCACUCCUCUACCUGAAUUAUUAUUCACAUGAAUAAUUCACUUCAUUUAAUUUCUAACAGAAAACUGAAAAAAGAGGAAUCAGGGCAGCCACGUAGUAAACUUUCUAGUUGAAUACACCUUUUAUUAAGAAAACACCAGCCACACUGAAAGUUAUCGGUUAUAUUUCACCUAAAUUUAAAAUCUGAGAGGACAGUGUAAAUAUUAUAUAAUUAUAUUUAAUGCAUUGCAAGUAUCUUUGGACUUACUAUCCUUUGAAUAAACAAGCAAAAGCCUCUCUGACCUCUAACAGGUUGUGACGUACCAUGUUUUGGUGACAAAAGGACUUCCUUAAAAGGCUAAGAUUUAAAAAGGGCAAACGGAACUAUUUAUUAAGAUGUAAUUAAGAUUACUGAAAUUUCUAAAACUGGAAUUUAUAAUAGGGCUUAUUAGCUAGCUGAACACUUCUUGGCUAGGGCAUUAGGGUGUUACAGAGGUUUGGAUAUAUAGAGGAGAGGGACUGUAAGUUACAAUAGAGAAGUCUAAUAUAAAAAGGAGAAAUAAAAUACCUUACUGUAAUAUUUUUUCUGAGCUAUUGUGUAUACUGUACAAACCCCAAACAGAGAUCCUUAACAGAACCUUGGGCUGUAAUAUAUAUUUUGAUUAGUGACAUUAAAUACAUAUGCCAGGGGGUUCAGUGAAUGUUUUUACUAAAUGUUCUUCGUGUUGUCUGCUAUGCAGCAGUGCAAGUUUUACUGUUCAUAAAAAAUAUUUUAAAAUAAUAUAACACUGUUCUUUAUGAAACAUAUCAUGACAUCAGUUCAGGGUGUUUUAUAGAUUUCUCACCCCUCCUUCCCCUUAAACUGACAGUUACCAAUUUAAAGAGGUUUUUAUGCACAACACCACAUGGGUUUUUCAUGAGUGAAGUGGUCUGGGGCAUGGCCAGUGGGUGUUGGCUGUAUAUAAGCACUUGCUGCUCUUUUUCAGCUUGAAUACAGUGAAAAAGGACAGUGAGAAUUGAACUUUUUCAUGUCAGUAUUAUUUCUUGCUCUUUCCAGAGUGUUCAUUGCACUUCUGACAGAAGGAUGUGGUAAGACUUGGUGUCUGUGAGUGGUAAAGAAAACAAAAUCUUUCUCACAUUCUUUUCAAAGCACGAUUGGUUCAUUUUGUGUGUGUGCAUUUUGAUGAUUAAAACCUGUAAACAACUAGUACUUGGGAAAAUCAUGUGGUUAAUUGGAAUUAGAGCAAUUUAUGUAAAAUACUGAGUGCUUGAUUUGGCUGUGCUACUUGUCAAGGCAUAAUAAGGAAACUUCCUUUUUAGGGCUCUCAGAUACAACUCAGUCUAACAGUUUUGCCAAACUAAUCACAGGUGAGAAGGUGGGAUGGUAACCUUUUCCUUUUACUUAUAGUCUUUCUCCUCUGUUAGAGACUCAGUUUCAUGGAGGAGCAAUACUCAGUUGAAACAGAAUUCUUCUGAUCUGCCUUACUUGGUGACUCAGUCUGUGUAGCAUUGCAAUAUUCUGGUUCUUUAGCCUUGAUGGGUUUUUGGUGCUGAACAGAUAACUCAAUAUUGCAAGCACAGCCCUGACCAAUAACACUCAGCAGCAAAGCACAAACAUGCCCUUGAAGAUAUGGCCAGAUCAUAUCAAAAAGCAAUAUAAAUUCAUCUCUAUUGAAGUGUCCUGUAAUACGUAAUUAUUACUUGAAUAUCCGAGAUGUUAAGACUGAUGUUUGAAAGUUCUGCAGUUUGGGUAUUGGUUGAGGAGAGUAUUUGUAGGAUCCCUGAAGAAGACGCAAGGACAUAGGAGGUGUUGAUCACCCUCUGUGUUGCCUCUCUGCUGGCCUGGCUCACAGGGUUUGGUCAGCACCAUCAGGGCUUUCAGGUUCACUCUCCUUUAUGGAAGGGGCAAGAACCAUUUCCUUCACAGCUUUUAUCACUUGGUUUCUCUGCAUAGAAAAGUACUUAAAAGAACUGGAGUCUUUUUUUUAAUGUUACUUAGUUAUUUUAAAAUCAGUAGGUGUUUCAGUGAGCCCCAGGUGAGCUGAGAGUUUUUGUAGCAAGAUGGUCCUUUGCUUCUUUUUUCCAGCCUACUCUGAAGGUCCUUUAUAUAGUCUUGAUAGGUGUAGUUAGAGAAUUAGGCUUUCCAAAGAAUUAAAAACCUGCCUGUAAUGUCCUUUUACUGUUUUCCCCGGUGUCCCGUAAUGUUUUGUUUUAAAAUGCUAAAUUCCGUGUCUAGGAAGUGAUGUUGUUAGGUUUGAUGUGCAAUAGUGAAGGUGAAAAGACACUGCAUAAAGGACCAAAAGCACCAGAACUGCUGCCAAAAGGUGCCAGCCACGGGCCUGUUGCUGUAAUCUCGGUGCUUUUUGUGAAUUAACUACUUCAGCCACUGGAGGAGGAAUGGAACAUUUUGGGCCAAGUGGAGCAGGAAAGACCCUUGGUAACAGGUCACAGUCAGGGACUUCAGGCUCGGUCGUUGUCUCAGCAUCGAUUGUUGGCACGUUCUGAGGAGCUGCCACUUAAGCAAUGGCAUAUCUGUGCCUGGGAAUGUUACAGAGGUGCUGGUUUCCUUUUUGGGUAGAUGAGGGAAAGGGCUGGGUUUUUCAUCUCUAGGAGAUUCCUUUGUGCCCCUAAGUGAGAUUUCUCUUUAAAAGUUUAUUAAAUCCUCUUUAAGGAGAAUCAGAAUGUGUCUGGCCUAUCAAGGAUUUGAGUUUAAAAGUUUUUGUUUUGAAGACCUUUUACUACCAAAUGCUGAAUGUAACUGCCAUAAACUUCAGGAAAAAAAGCCACGAACAUGAUGCUGUUUCCUGUGGGUGAAUCUGGUGAGCACAGUGUUGGUUCGUAUUGCUUGAAAAUGUUCUUGUUCUGUUAAGCCAAAUUGUCACAGAAUUGGAGAACUCACUGCCAUGGGAAUGGGGUGGGGGAAGGGGGUAGGAGAGGGGGCAGAGCUGCUGGCAGCAGAACUGUGUGUUGGCACGAGUGAGUCACAGUGUGCCUGGAGAGCUGGAGCAGCAGGAAGGCAGUGGGAACGGAGCGGGAAGGAUGCUCGUGUCUGGAUACAGCUGGGGACGUGGUUGAGCCUGUACUACUUGAGAAUUAACCUCUGCUGAGUUAGUAGUGUGUGUUCUGUACCUUUUAAUUGUGCUUUACCUCUAUUGAAAAGCUUUGUACUGCCUCUCCUCUUUGGUAAAGCCUUUAUAAAUCUAAAUUAACGAGCUUGCACAAUCUUGUAUACAGGAACCCCAUCUUGUCUCUUAACGUGAUUAUUAAUGUAUUAUUCUGUAAAAACUGAUUAAAAGGAGAGCAGUUUAA